AUGUCGGAACCACCCCAGAAGAGAUCAAAAAUGGCAGAAGCAGGCCCAUCCACUCCGGUGCACAACCCAUAUCUCGAUCACAGGCCGCAGAAUGGCUAUGCGUCAGGCGCAAAUGGCGUGGGAGCUGCGAACGGAGGAGGCAAGGUCAAGAACCCUUUGAACGGGUUGGUGCCUAGGAAGGUGUCGGUGCAGCAGUGCAAGGACAUUAUGGACGGCGAUGUAAACCCCUUCAAAGGCCUCGUCCCCUUCACCCCAAACUACCGCAAAAUCCUCGAACAGCGGAAAGGUCUCCCCGUCUACCAAAAGAUGCAGGAGUUCUUGACGGUGUUCAGCGAGAAUCAGAUCACAGUGAUGGAGGGUCAAACAGGGUCGGGGAAAACAACGCAAAUCCCGCAAUUUGUCUGCUACUCGGAUCUGCCGAUGUUGAGGGGGAAGAUGGUGGCUUGUACGCAGCCGAGGAGGGUGGCGGCUAUGAGUGUGGCCAAGCGUGUUGCGGACGAGAUGGAUGUCCAACUCGGAAAGCAGGUCGGAUACUCUAUUCGUUUCGAGGAUAUGACCGAAACCGGCACGACCUUCCUCAAAUACAUGACGGAUGGUAUGCUCCUGCGGGAAGCGAUGAACGACCCGGAGCUAUCACGGUACUCCACUAUCAUUCUUGACGAGGCGCACGAGCGGACAUUAGCGACGGAUAUUCUGAUGGGUCUCCUCAAGGAUAUCGCCAAAAACCGGGCCGACCUAAAAAUCGUCGUCAUGUCAGCCACUCUCGAUGUCGGCAAGUUCCAGCGGUACUUUGGCGACAAUGCUCCCGGCGGCCUCGCCCCUGUCGUCAAGGUCUCCGGUCGUACCUUCCCAGUCGAGACCUUCUUCACGCAAGAACCCGAAACGGACUAUGUCGAGGCGGCGAUCCGGACGGUCCUCUUCAUCCAUCAGGCGGAGGACGAGGGAGACGUUCUCCUCUUCUUGACGGGUGAAGAGGAGAUUGAGGAUGCUUGUCGGAAGAUCAGGGCGGAAGGGGAAGAAUUGAGCGGGAAGGGAAUGGCCGGACCACUACUCGUCGUACCCCUCUACUCGUCAUUACCUCCUCAUCAGCAACAACGGAUCUUUGACGCCGCCCCUCCUCCCCGCGCCGACAAGCUCCCCGGUCGUAAAAUCGUCAUAUCCACAAAUAUCGCCGAAACCUCCCUCACCAUCGACGGCAUCGUCUACGUCGUGGACCCCGGGUUCUGCAAGCAGAAAGUCUACAACCCUCGGAUCCGGGUCGAGUCACUGCUUGUUACGCCCAUCUCGAAAGCCUCGGCUAUGCAGCGUGCGGGCCGAGCAGGGCGGACACGGCCUGGAAAGUGUUUCAGGCUGUAUACGGAGAAGGAUUUCGUCAAGGAGCUGGAGGAGCAGACGCAUCCGGAAAUCCUUCGGUCCAAUCUCGCCAAUACCGUCCUGGAGCUCAUCAAACUCGGUAUCAAGGAUCUCGUCCAUUUCGACUAUAUGGACGCACCCGCGCCGGAGACCAUCAUGCGGGCUUUGGAGUUGCUUCACUACCUCGCUGCGCUGGACGACGAGGGCGGUCUCACACCCCUCGGCGAAAUCAUGGCGGAGUUCCCGCUCGACCCUCAGCUCGCCAAGAUGCUGAUCGUCUCGCCGGAAUUUGGGUGCUCAAACGAGAUGCUAUCUCUCACGGCGAUGCUUUCGGUUCCCAACGUCUUUAUGCGGCCGGCCAACCAGCGGAAAGAGGCGGAUAUGGCCAAAGCCCAGUUCACCCAUCCGGACGGGGACCACCUGACCAUGUUGAACGUGUACCACGCGUACAAGUCGGCAGCGACCAACGAGGGGGACGCCAAGAACUUUUGCUGGCAAAACUACCUCAAUGCCCGGUCGCUCGCACAGGCGGAUAACGUCCGGACGCAGCUCAAGCGGAGCAUGGAGAAGUUUGAUCUGGAGCUGGUCUCGACAGCGUUUGAGGAUAAGAAUUAUUGGAAUAAUAUACGUCAGGCAUUGACGUGUGGGUUCUUUAUGCAGGUGGCGCAUAAGGAAGGGGAGAGGGGGAGUUACCUCACGGUGAAGGAUAACCAGGUGGUUAGGCUGCAUUUGAGCUGUGGGUUGUCGACGACGCCAGAGUGGGUGAUAUAUAACGAGUUUGUCUUGACUACCGCAAAUUUCAUCCGGACGGUCACUGAGGUCCGCCCAGAGUGGCUCAUGGAGUACGCACCGCAGUACUUUGACCCAUCCACCUUCCCGGCCAACAGCGAGACAAGAAGGGCAUUGGAGCGGGUCGUGAAGAAGAGGUCCGACAAGUCGGGAGGAACAGGAGCGGACGGGGUGGAAAAGAAGAAGAAGAAGAGGAAGGCGGACAAGUAG